GUACUCCCUCUGACUCAAGAAGAAGCUGGAAAGGGAGUCAGUCUUAGAUAUUAGGGAGUUAUUCAGCCCCUGGUUCUGGUCUUUGAACCGAGUGUGGAAAUGAAGUUUCUCCUCGGAGCUCUGAGUGCUCUGCUCUGCUGCUCGGUGUCCUCCUCAAACACUCUGGAUCCUGCUGGGAAGAACGUCUGCCUUAAUACCAGGUACAGCACACACACACACACACACACACACACACACACACACAGUUCUUUCUUCUGUUGAGGUGUCGAGUUAAAAAGACUUGAAAAUCACUCUGGUUUCAGUCCUGUGAAACAUGAAAAUUUGAUGUAUUUUCCCAUUGAAUUAUCCCCUUGACUUCCUUUAUUUUCAAACUCAAUAUUGUCUGGCUGAAUUGAUUAUUUUUGUGCCUCAGAGACCCCUCUACCCUGGUCUGCUGCACUGGAUGGCGUCAACAGGGAAAAGAGUGCACAAUACGUGAGUGACCCCCAGGAAUUUUACCUCUACUGCCACCAUAAUUGCUUUAUUAAUUUGUUUGAUGUAUGUGUAUAUAUGUGUGUGUGUGUAGCUGUGUGUGAGGGGGAGCAGGCCUGCCGGAGAGACGAGAUCUGUGUGUAUCCUGGAGUGUGUCGCUGCCCACCCGGUUACUUUGGAGCACUCUGUAAAACACGUGAGUGACAAUAAAUAUCAGGAGCUUUAUUACAGUUUUGCAAAACAACAGAUCUGUUCCCAAAAUAUUUCUGAUAAAAAAGCAUGUGAUCCUACCACACUAAAAUGAGUCACUGUUUUUAAUGAUCGUACAAAUGAUUUGCUGUAUAAAUGAUCAUGUAAAAGAGAGUUGUUCCUAUCUUUUGCCGUAGAAAAUAUGUAUUUUAAGUAUCAAAAGUAAAGCCAAUGAUAGUGAAGAUGAUACUCUAAAUGAAAAUAUAAUAGUUUAAUCUGUCCUCUCUGUGUGUUCCUUGUUGUAACCAGGCUGUCCUUUUGAGUUCUGGGGCUCAGACUGUCGCCAGGUGUGUCCAUGCCACCCACACGGUCGCUGUAACCCUGCCACUGGUGAGUGCACCUGCAACGCAAACCGCUGGGGUCCUCUGUGCCAGUACGCCUGCAAAUGUGGCCGACAUGGUCGCUGCAACUCCGUCUAUGGGAACUGCACCUGCGACGUGGGCUGGUACACACCCACCUGCUCCAAAAUGUGUCAGUGCAACAGCGGGGGGUCUGUGGGCUCCAGCUGCGAUCAGUUGACCGGCCAAUGUCUGUGCCACAGGGGCCACUGGGGAGGGAAAUGUUCUGGCACUUGUAGCUGCUACCUGUCGCCUUGUAAUCAGCGCACUGGUGUGUGUGAGUGUGAGUCAGAGUGGUGGGGACCCAGCUGCGACCGGCGGUGUAACUGCGACCUUACACACAGCCGCUGUGACCAGGCAACUGGGCAAUGCGUUUGCCAGCCAGGGUUCAAAGGUCAAUUCUGCAACCAGCCCUGUGAGAAGCAGGAGUACGGCAGCGGUUGUACACAGAGGUAGGUGUUGAAUGAAACUUUAUUUAACCAGAAAAAACUCAUUGAGAUUAAAUAUCUCAUUUGCAAGAGUGUCCUGGCCAAGACAAGCGAGAAGUACAUUUACAAAUUUACAAACAUAUACAGACAUGACUACAUUUUUAAUCGAAGUACUUACUGCCCGCUUCAUCUUCCUCUAGGGCCUUUAAUCUACAUUUUAAAAGAUUUAAAGAGACCAGCUCACCAAGACACAUUUUUCUUGUAGGAGAUUCCAGUCUGCAGGAGCAGCAUAUCUAAAACUUCUUUUUCCCAUUUCAAGACGAACUUUGGGGACGGAUAGCAAAAGUAGAUUUUGUGUCUGAUUCGCUUCCAGAACUUUUAACAUGAAUACAAUUACUCAAUUAUGGUGGAAGCAGGCCAAGUAUAGCCUUAUUAGUCAGGAUGUGCCAAUGGUUCAGUCUAUGCACGGUUAGAGAGGGCCACCCAACUUGCUCAUACACGGUACAAUGAUGAGUUAAAGCCUUAAAGGGUUUGUUAUGGACCUUAGAGCUCUGUGAUAAACAGUAUCCAAAGAUUUAAGGCUUUAAGCAGAUGCAUGCAUGUAUAAAACAUCACCAUAGUCAAUCAUAGGCAUGAAAGUAGCAGCAACAAGAUGUUUUUUUUGCAGAGAAAGAAAAACAUGACUUAUUUCUGGAGUAAAAGCUCAGCUGCAACCGCAGCUUCUUUAUAAGCUGCUCAAUAUGGAGCUUAAAAGACAGAGUCAUCGAUCACAAACCCAAGACAUUUAUAAGAAGAUUCAGACUUAAUCACAUCACCCUGAGCUAUAACAGGAUCUUUGACCUCUGUUUUGAAUUCGUGAACAUCAUCAGCUUUGUUUUUUUAGAAUUCAGAACUAACUUUAGGUCCCUCAGAUUUUCUUGUACAGAGUUAAAGGCAUCCUGCAGUAGACAAAGGGCUUUACUCUGUGUUGGGGCCGAGCAAUAAAUAAGAGUAUCGUCUGCAUAUAAAUGUAAAUUUGCAUUGGGAACUGUGUUAUUAUCAUAGAGACUGUGCUGUUAAAACACCUGCGUGUGACUGAAAGCUCUAUCCUGUCCUCAGCUGUGGUUUCUGUAAGGACAAACAGCGAUGCUCGAUGACUGACGGAGCAUGUAAAGCCUGUGAGCCCGGCUGGAAUGGCACACGAUGUGACCGCCCAUGCCCACCUGGUAAUCAUGGCGAUGGCUGCAAGGAGAAGUGUCCACGGUGCAGAAAGAAUGAACCCUGUGACCCUAAGAGUGGGAGAUGUCGGAGGUGUGAUCCUGGAUGGACUGGACCCAGGUGUGUGCUCAGUUUUUCUCAUGGUGUAGAAAAUCUGCUCUAGAAACCAGGAGUGGGUGUAAAAUGAUUAUUGUGGUCCUUGGCCUGCUCUCUUGACAGGUGUGAGGAAGCCUGCCCCAACAGGACGUUUGGAGAUGCCUGCAGCUUCCCGUGUAGCGCUUGCUUCCAUGGUAACUGCCAUCAUGUGACAGGAAGAUGCGUCUGUGAGCCGGGCUUUCAGGGAGAGAGGUGAGCUGGCUGGCAGAGUCCCAGAAUAAAUCAAAGUUUAUGUUUGAACUGCUCAUCAGACUUAUGCACAAUAAGAGUUUUAUUAGCAGCAACAGAAUUCAUCUGUUGAUAACAUCAUUACUGUCAAUUUACCUCUUUACAGCCAAUAAACCUCUUAACAUUACUGAUUUAUGUUAAUGGGAUUUUUUCAAAUCUAGGGCAGCAGUUGUACUUUUUUUAAACAACAAUAGCUGUGUAAAUGAGGCAAAAACCCCAAAGUCAAAUAUAACAAAAGGUUUGAGAACUCAAACAUCUCAAACCUCCAUCACGGUCCCUUUAAUUUUCCUCCCCACACUCAUGAAAUGUUUAUGAAUCAUGACGUUAUGUUUUUACCGAGCACUGAAAUAGAUGAUGAUUCAGUGUUCACACACAGACCUCUCUGUUUGCUGUGGGAGUGUAACUGUGUGAUUUGGUUGUUGUUGGUAGUUGUAACAUCAGCUGCUCCGCCCUGCAGUUUGGGAUCAACUGCUCCUCUGCCUGUGACUGUGGUGAGGGUGUUGGGUGUGACCCGGUCACUGGAGUCUGCCCGAGCAGUACGUCUGACACACCAUCAAAAUGAAUUUGUCUAUACAAACCUGAAUCGCAUCAUACAAUGGCUGAUGUGUGUGUGUGUGUGCCUGUUUGUGUGUGUCUAUUAGGUGUCAGUGGCUCUGUACUGGCUGGAGUGUUGGUUCCUUUGCUCCUGGUGCUCCUGGCUGUGCUCCUCUGCUGUCUGUGCUGUGGAGGAAGUCCAACUGAUGACAAAGAUAGGUCUGUACCCGGGGGCGUGUCCAGACUUUUUUGGACAGGGGUUCUAUCUUGUACAAAAGUGACAUGAAGUAUGAGUGUGUGUAGACAUGAAUGAAGAACAUUUUGUACGAUUAUCAUUCACAAAAUCACAUUUACUUUGAAUACUAAUAUUUAAUUGUCAUAAAAAUGUUAAGCUAAUGAAAGACUAAAAUAACACAGUUGAAACUUUUUAAUCUUCCUCCUGUGUUAAGGUCUGCACCGACUAGUUUUUGUUUUUAAAUACCUAAAAGAACCACUUCAAUUAGUUUUUUUUGCAUCAAGACUUUUUGACUUUAUCAGGAACCUCUAUUUCAACAAAAUAAAAAUAAAAAAUUAAAUUGACUAGAUUAUAAAAUGCUCUCAAAAUGAUGGCACUUGUCGUGUUAGGUUUACUGUUGACCCAGUUAGACCAAUAUCUCAUAAUUGGCGCAAAAACCAAAAUCAUAUAUGCUCUGUCAGGCACCACAUUGACAGACAGAUCCUCUUCCAAUCAUGGGAGAUUUAGGAAAUUCUCAUUUAGCCUGUUCUUCCUGCACAAAAAACAACGUCAGGCAUGUCCAGACAUGUGAGAUCAAUUCAGUAUAGAUGUCUGUAUCAGGGGUAUACUGACAAAGAAAGUCCCAGAGGCCAACAACAAAUAAACUAUAAGCAAUAUUUUCAUGGAUAAUGAAGCCUAACAAGGUAAAUAUUACAGGUGGAGGUAGUCUGUGACCUCCAGCACACCUAACGAGCCUCUCACUCAGAUCACCUGUCCUGAUUGCGCUCAGCUGGUGCUCGUCAGCCUGGGUCGUCUAUAAAAGGAGGUUCUUUCACUCAGUUAGGUGUGUGACACCAAAGAUGCCAACACCUUCAGUUGGUGUCGCGUGGUUUGUGUGAUGAGUGUGUUUGAGAGUGUGAGAGCGGUUGUGUUUUGAGGGAAGGAGGGUAAAUUCUAGACUUUUUGUGAGGUUUUGAUCCAUAAGGAGAUUUUUUGUAUUUAACAUUUUCUCCCCAACGAUUCUACCUCUGUUUGAGGCCUUUUAAUUUGGUUUGCCUAUUUUUGGGCAAAAUUAGUGGGUGGCUGUGGGGAAGUAUAACUCUGUGCCACCUUUUAGAACCCAAAGGCCUUAUUUUUGUUUUAUUUGAAGGUGCAGAUAAUCCUUUUGUUACUUUCCCUGUCCAUGACCCCUGUCCGUAACGUCAUGCGACUUGCAGAAACGUAACAUAACCUAGAGAUAAGAAUCAACUUGGAUGAUAGAGAAUUAAGACACAGGUCAAAACCGACCCUUAACAAUCUGGAAUCAUCACUUCAGGGUUAAACCAGAGGUGGUUUUCAGGUCUAAAGGGGUGCCACACUUAUGAACAUACACCUGUGCCUCACUUCCUUCUAUUGUGAUGUUUUUUUUUAACCAUCUGUUUCUCAGGACGACUGUGGCUGAAGGAGGCUGGCCAUACAGGAUGAAAUAUCACGUCUACAGCGUUCUUGCCAACAUCGGUGCUGCACUUCCCUGUAUCUCCAGCUGGUCGUCCGGCCUGCCUCGAGUCACAGGUAAAAACCACAGCGCAGUAUUUCUGUUAAAAAAUAUGGUAAAAGUAAAAGUGGCUCAACUAGGUUUCAAAAGUGUCUUAGAAAUUAGAUUUGAUAUCUGAAUCGACCAUAAAAACCCAGUGGGAUUUUUUAACUUUUGGAUUGGUGUUUUUUUUUUUGUUUUCCCACGGAAAUUUCACAACAUAAAAGAAACUAUAUGUGGGGGAAAAAAAUAAAGAUUUAAAUAAAAUAUUUCAAUAAAACUUCUUUGAGUGCCUGAAAAAUCAAAACGAACGUUUAAAACUCAUGAUAAAUUUUAAAAAGAAGUUGUAGGCAAAUGGUUUGAUCAAGUUUAAAGUUUCAUCAUCCCUUUAUGUCGCCCUCAUGAAGUGUCUCACCAUGACCCUGAGCUGACGUUCAACCACAGCUUUAUCGAGCCUCCGUCUUCCGGCUGGGUCACUGAGGGGUCUUCAUUUGACAGCGAUGAGGAGGAGGGAGAGGCGCUCUACUGUGUGCCUCCAAGAGAAGGUAAAACACACUUAACUCUACACUGCCCUCUUGCAGUGGUUUGCUGGUGCUGCAGAUUCCCUCCUGCAUUUCUUCUCGUGUCUCUUGACCUCUCUCUGUCUCUCUCUUGCAGACAUCCCUGCAGUGGCAGGUGGAGAAUUUCAGGAGAUGAGCUCAAAGUGCAACAUGUUCUUGGACCCUUCUGGCUUCAGCAGUGAGGACAUCACCUCCCCAUUCAACAUCCCUCGCACCUCGAGCAUCGCCAAAGCCAAGCGGCCUUCUGUCUCGUUUGCUGAGGGCACCCGUUUCAGCCCCAAGGAGAGACGCGGCUCGGCCCAAGACCCAGGUGCUCUUUCUGGUUUCCAACGCAACAAACCCAAGUCACCAUGGGGGGUUUUGAUGCUGUCCGCCCUCCAGAGUCAGGGGGGUGCAGCUAGAGGUGAGGAGGAAGAAGAAGCUGAGGGAGAGGAGAAGGAGGAUGAAGCUGAUGUGAAUGAGCCAGAGAAUCAGGAAUCAAGCUAUGAGGGAGGAGACCAGGAAGUAGACAGAGCCUCAUCUCGGUCCACCCUGCAGGUACCUGGAGCAUCAGGACGGAGACGGACUUUGUCCAACACGGCUGCUCACAAAGGAGCGUCUACUCCAGAUGCUCAGGCAGGGGUCUCUAAUAAGGUCACCACAGUGUACGUGACAGUGGGUAAAGCAGGACGGCCGGUGUCGAAAACAGAAUCCAGCUCUGAAGGCCCCGUUCAGGCCAUGUUGCGCCGCCUGGGUAGCCUGCAGAGACAGAGGGAGCAGGAGUCCAGCAAGUCCAGGUCAAAGGCACCAGAAGGGAUCGUCAAACCGCCGAGGAAGAAGCUGGGGGCUCGGGCGAGUGUGUGGGAGCAAGGAGGCCCGUCUGGAGGAGAGGUGGGCAUAUGUAAACCAAUCAGGAGAAAGCAUGCUGCCCUCAACCCCGCUGACACAGCCGGUGCUAGUGACACACUGUCCUCAGAGGGCGGCACUCCAAGAAGACCACUAUCCUCUAUCCUGAAAAGUGUGCCAGAGGUGGGCUCAGCUGACUCAGGGUCAGAUCAGAGGGCUGACAGAGACCCCAGGCAGGGUAGUGACUCCUGUUCAGGAAACACAGAGAGCACCUACCUGACUGUGGGACCAGCGGGUGACGCUACAAGCCUCACCGAGGUUAUCGCCAACGAGGCAGCGGUUGUUAGAGGAAACGAUGAACCCUGCUACGAAAACGUCUGCAUCAAACACUCAUAACCUCAGAGAAACACUUAUCAGCUGGUCUGAUCCAAACACAACUACAUGUUCAUUAUCUUACAGACAUAAAACCACCUGCACAAAUGGUAUUGAGAAAAUUAAAACAUGAAAAUGAUUUGAAAAGUCAAAACCAUGGAGUAAAAACAUAUUGAUAUCUCCUGACUGCUUUAAAAACAAGUGAAGAGGCCGAGUUGAGGCUGACCUUUCACCUCCAAUGCACCCACUCAGGAAUUACCCCAGACAUGAGCAAGAAGAGACAAGAGCGAUGUGUUGAAUAUCACUAUGAUCUUGUCAAGAAUCCUAAAUGACAACCUUGGUUUAAGCAGAAAUAGACAUAACUCAAUAACGAGAAUCAGACUGGAGUCAGAUGUUGUACUUUGUGUUUUUAUUUGUCAUGAUGAAAAACAAAAGUAAGAACAGGACAGAACAAGCUGUUGCAUUAUCUAUGGCUGAAUCUGAACACAGUGCACCCUUGAAAUGUAUUAAGAAAUUCAGGAUACAUUUAUUUUGUCUCUGUGUAACGUAUAAGAUGUUGUCCAUCUGAACAUCUGUUCAACUGUACCUCAUGUUGUUUUGACCGUUCUGUACAGAAAACCUGAAUUUUGUAUUCAAUUCUUUGUACGUUUCUAUUUACUGUAUAUAUGCUCACAUUUUAUUAUUAAAUAAAAAAUAUCACCUGUACAAA